AUGACGCGCACGACGGGAGCCGCGGUUCGGCUUAAUUACCGGUCGACGCGCGGGCGGCGAGGCGUCGGUCGAUCGACGCGGUGCGAAGCGUCGCGGGGCGAUACGAAGAGACGUUCUGAUGCGCACAGCGCUCGUCGACGCGACGCGAUCGUCGGCGUCGGGCUCGCGUCCGUGAUCGCGGUGCGGGACGAGGCGAGCGCGACGCCGAUGGUAUUUCGCGUACCGUCGAGCGAGUGUCAGACGAUCGCGCACGCGUUGUCGAUGGCGAGGGACGGUGACGUUGUGCAGUUGGCGGCGGGCGAGACAUACGAAGAACGCGUCGUCGUCGACGUCGACGGGGUGACGAUCGAGGCAGUGGGGGAGGGGAGAGCGCUCGUGCGACACGUCACGACGCGACCGUACGAGAGCGCGAUCGAAAUCAGGGGUCUGAAGGUGAUCGUCAGAGGGAUCGACGCGGAGCACUCGAGCAAGUCAGUGGCGAACAACUACGGUAUCUUCGUCGUCGAGGGAGCGAACGCGACGUUCGAAAAGUGCGACGUGCGAUCGUCGACAGGGUCUGGGUUUGGUGUCGAAGGUGCACAGGUGGAGCUCGUUGAGUGUUCGGCGAGAGGGUGCGCCACGCACGGGUUUGUCGGUUUGGGAGACUCUAGCGGGUUGCCGGGCACCGGGGUGGCAAAUAUUUCGCGAUGUUCGUUUGAAGACAACGCGCAGGAUGGAUUAUUGAUCAGAGGCGGCGCCGUGAUAAACAUGAGUAAGUCGCGGGUGAUCGGGAACGGGCGAUACGGCGUCGAACUCAUCGAUUGCGAAGGUGAGCUCAGCGGAAAUGAUUUUGCACGAAACGCAAAGGGAGCAACAAUCGCGACCAACGGCGCCGAACGCUUCGUCAAAAUCUCCUAA